CCUACCGAUUGGGCGCUUGAGCACUACCACCAGCAACUACUAAACCGCAAGACACGAUCAAGUACAAGCUGGUUCCAUCCGUCCGGCAUCGCCGCGUUACUAGCAGUCACAGGCCGAGUUGUCAUCGGGCCGCUCGCGCUAUUCCUCCUUUUCGUCGCCACCAAGUACCUCUCAGACGCCCCUGUCCUCAUCAAGCCCAGCGCCAGCUUGUUCUCGUUCACUGAGAAGGAUUUAUCGAUGGCUGGAGGGUGCACAGGGUGCCUUGGAGCAUGCAAAAUCACUCUGCUCAAGCUCAGUUUGUUCAGUGAUAAGGCGUUCGUCAGUGCCCCGACAUUCGCAGCCCUCGUCAGCCAACCCCCAACGGAAUCGCUCUACGACUUCAGCUCUUUGAACAGUGAUGUUCUAGCUCUCGGAGAGGAAUUGGAUGGUGACGGUACCAUUUGCCACAGCGGCAUCAACGAGUGGGGGUCUACCACGGUCAUGGCCACGAGCACGCCGCAGCAGAUACUGAACAUCGUCUCGACACUCAACAUCGGCGUGUCUCUGCAGACGCAGCGUGAGCUGGAGCUGGCUGUCGAGCGAGAGGACGAGUGCAAGGCGACCUGGACGAUAUUCGGGACUGCGCGGCUCUACUUGUACCCGACUGGCGCUGGCAACGGCGAGUUCGGCAAGAUCCCCGCCGCCACAUUCAGCGUCUUCCCUGAAUUCACCGAGUGCCGGCCAGACGUCGAGGUCGAGUAUACGAAUUCCAAGCUCGCACUAGCCACCGAUGGCGAGGAUCUGCUCGCACAAGUCCCCGAUGUGUUGACGCUCGAAGUCUCGCGCAUUGUUCCAGCCACUAACACGAAGUAUGGGGCCGCGACUGUUGUGGAGCCUGAACUGCAAGCGUACUACGGAGGCUGCCGCGUUCGAGAAGUCAACACGUCGGGCGUCUACAUCGAAGACACGUGCGAGAUCUCCAAGCACUGGGCGACGUAUGGGUUGAUGGUGCAGUCUCCCGACGACAUUCCUCUCUGCAGCACUAAAGACGUCUGCAUCCACAACUACUUCAACACGCAAUGGGAAGGACUGGUGGAGGUGGACCCUCAAAACCCCAACCGAGUCGCGCUCUACCUCAACACCUUCCGCAGUCGAUACGGUGACACCGUCGGGAUCAACCUCCUCCCUGGUAUUGUGGUCACGCAGAUCCUCCUCAUGGGCGUCGUGAGUCUGUACCAGGUGAUGCCACACAGACGAUCGGUGCUGCUCACCCAGAUCUGGGCUUAUCGAUGCCAGAACGGCCGCAUGCAGAUCGUCUACCUGGCUCAGAUCACCUACCACUUCUACUACAACUCGGACCUGUACAUGCUUGGGCUCGCGACUGGUACACUCACCGGUGAAUCCAUCGCAAACCUCACGUGCUGCUUCUUCACCUUCUCGUACUCGUUCGUGAACAUGGUCAAGGCUCGCUCGGGUGACCAGCAGCUGGACAGACACUAUCGACUCAUCUGGGAGGCCCUGCAGUUGCCUGUCACGAUUUGUGUCGGCUCGAUUCUGCUGUCCGUACAGCGCACGCCGUUCGUGUCGAUUCUUACCAAGAACGCGGAGAUUCUACGCAAGACUUCAGCUCGUGGUGCCAAGUACUGCGGGUUAAACGACUCUUGCAUUCUCUUCGCGUAUAACAUGCCGUCGGUGGUGGUGAUCCUGUCCUUAACUCCAACUGUCAUCACCUCGCUCAUCGCCAAACUGUUUACUUCGAAGGUAAAUUCUGUGAACGGUACUUUUGGCUCGAAGAGUGCAGGUAACAAGGUCUCAGCGGCUGGAGUGAGUAUCACGAAGAAGAGGGAGUAUGAAGUCAACUCGGCCACACCCGAGGAGCUCACGUCGUUCGAGAAGAACUGUAUUGGCGCUCCAUUCACUAAAUUAUUCCACGACUGCGAAGAUAUCGCGUACGUCUCGUACAAUGGUAAGAGAUGCAUCACGACUGAGGCGCUGCUGCUCACGGGGUAUCUCUACUAUGGCGAGCACAUCUACCAGGCGACGGCGGUGAUGCUGCUGUUGGUUGCUCGAUUGGUACCGCAGCGAAUGCUACGAACGUUCAAUGUAAUACUGCUCCGUUGGCGCGUAGACCCGCAAGAUGGCACGCUGACUUACCCAUUAUCGUGCACUUGGUACACUGCGAGCACCGAGAACCACAGACUCGGAAUGGCUACACCGAUAGCC